AUGCAAGGACAGAAGAAGCCCUUUGAUACCGAGGUGGCGCCCCUUCUUGCCGCAAACCUGCAAUCCAUCCCUGCCGCGACUCAUCCAGACAAGGCGAGGUUCAUCCAUGACUUCAUAGAGUCGCAGCGGCAGUAUCUCGCCCGUUAUACUAGUGAAGGCCGCACCGUUAUCACUGCUUGGGACCGUGACUCACCUGCCGUGGGAGGUACUCCGACACGCAAGAAUACAUCUAGAGAAAUCUUGGCUUCAGCGUUCGAUACACCAAUCCUGAAACCCCGCGUUCCGUUAGCACUGGAUGUCGAGUCGGUCGUCCCGUCUCAUGGCGAGAUUGAAGCCUCAGCUGGAUGUGCCAAAACAUCCCGAUCGAAGACCCGACGAUCGAAAACCUCCGAAACGCCAGAGCAGGUCAUCUGGUCCCAAAGCCAGAAAGAGAACGUUCCCAAAGCGGGCUCAAAGCGUCGCUCGGAACACAGAGGACAUGCAGAAAUCGACAAAGCAGUGCCUGGAACUGUGAACAAGCAACUCACUCUCGACCGAUACGCUACCAAGGCGGAGGCAAAGUCCAAGCGGACCAGCAAGAAACGGCAACACAGUCCUGACGCGUCAGAUCCCGAGCACUCCACGAGGCUUGCUGAACGGCGAGAGCGAAGGCGUACGAAACGAGCUAUCGUAGCACCCAAAGGCCUCGUCGCCGCCUUGAGUGACGGAGAGAGCGACUCCACUAGUGGAAGACGGGAGGUCACGAAGGGCAAGAGAAAAAAGAAGAGUACCUCUUUGGCCGCCGGUCUAGCCCUCAUGCAUGGCUUUACUGCGAAGAAUAUCGGAAAAAAUCGACUCACGACCCAACCAGAACAGCGAAAUGGGGUUUUUGUCAAGGGGAAGGCGUCGGCGAACGUACCUGUGGCUCCAUUCAAGACGAAGCGAGAUGUCCUCUCCAAGGGUUUCUCUGAGAGCGACUUCCUGAACAAGACGAAACGUAGUCCCAGGCCCCGCGGAAACGCAUUCGACGAGACGUCGGAUAGUUCAAGUCGCCAUCCAAGCUCAGGAAGCGACGUGGACUUAGAAGAGCCCGUACAAGGACGCUUGAAGCACCGCUCCAGUGAGAAGGCACAGCAGAGCAAGACGAACCAUCUUCCGUCGGAGAUCAACGAAAGCGGUCUUGUCGAGGUCGAGCAACAGUCCGGGACCUCAAUCGCCCAGACGAAGAAGGGUACCACGAGAUCCGCGUCGAUUGUCUGGGACAUCGAGAUGGACGGCAAGAGUCUUCCCUCCGGCGACAGCGAAUGUAACAGCGCCGACAAAGCGGAAGCUGGUACCGUCGUGCUCAAUACGCAAUCCAAGAAAUGGUCGGAGACUUUGGCGAAUCCGGCGAUGCGGUCGACAUCAAUGAUAGAAGGUGGUCAGAAAGAAGAGCAAGUCAAGAAUCUCGACGCCACGGUUGAUCGCAGCUCUGCAGUCUCCCUUCGCCCCUCGGAGUCUGCUUCGCAACUUCCUCGUUAUCCCCUCUCGGCUGCAAUCCAGCCCUCUGUGUCAAGAUUCUUUGCACCUUUGCCAGUCACGCCUCUUGAACGUGCUCACGUCAAUGCGCUAUGUGCUGUUGAAGGAGAGACGGGGCCUCCGUCCUCGCCGCUACAAUCCACGGUCCGUUUUAACUCGCCGCCCAUCGAAGACUCGAUGGAGCAAUGCUGUCAGCCGUUGUCCCAGCUAUCGAACGCACCGGAGGUUGUGGAAUCCUUGUCAUCGAAUGCGGUGCCGCGGGCCGCAGUCCGCACCAGUCCAGCUUCCAUCACUAUGUCUGCCUUGGACCAGGAACUGUGGGCUCUUGACGACGGUGACUACGGUUUGCUGUAUGCUGCUCGCAGGCAGGAGUCCAGCACACAGUACGUUUGUGAACAAGACGUGCAGCUCUCUGUCCUUCUGGAGUCACGAGUGAGUGCGCAGGACACGCGUCAGCUCUCGGAUGGUUCGAUGGACUUGUUCGACAACGCUGGACUUAUACCUGAGCUGUCGGAGCUUGCUUUCACUGCUCCCGAGGUGCACCGCUGGUGCGGUCAACAGGAGCGUAUGAAUUGGCAAGAACAAUACCUGGACCAUGCUACGGUCGAUGCCGACAGCGGGGCUAGCUGGCAUGCUGACUUGUUCGACGGCGAGGUCCAAUUCGAAGGCUGGAACGACGCAGUCGGCAUCGACGAGACGGCCAUGGUCCUUGGUUCUCAAAUUGGUUCUGAAGAUGCAUUGUCAUACGUGGACGGAGAAGUUGCAGAAGACGAGCUUUGUUUUUCUCUCUCAUCGGACGAACUGCCCGACGGGGGCCACUGUGGUCGCGCACUGCGGGGUCAAAUGACGAACUGGAGAGAGUUCUACGAAGGUGGAGGUGAAGAGCAAAACUCUGACGUACCAUUACGACCGCAGACUGCUUCGUCGUGGUGCUCGGUAGCAUCGGAGCCACCUAUGUCUUACUCUCCAAGUGCCAUCGCAAGCGAAGUAUCCACGGUGGCGUCGCUGGUCCCGAAGUUCGAUCAAGGUCGUGAUCUGCUCCUGGGCCUCUCGGAGCAGAGCGACAACCGGAAUCCCUAUUCCAUUGCCAACAUCGAAGAGGAUGUCGCACGAAGUCUACGUGGACAUUGGUUGCCUCAGCGGUUGUAGUUAUCGCGAUAUUUUUGUUCCAAGCUGGAGUGCAGAGCUUCGCAUGCCGUGUUUUGCAGCGGCAUAUAACACAAGUCUUUUGCAGUAGUACUGUACUCUUCCUGUCUUCUGGAGAAUACAUACCAGUCGUCAUGUACACUAUAUAGUACGUAACCGCAUGGCCAACUGCUUGAUAGCUUUGACCCAACUUUGACCGGCACA